AUGAAGCGCUGGACCUCUUUAUUAAUAUUAACUAUUCUCGUAAUAAUAUCCAUAAAUAUAUGUGUUAUACAAUCAACUCAAUGCUUUCGGUAUCAAAAUCCACGCAAGCGAAACAUUGCUGUUAGAACGAAUUGCGAUGAUCCAAAACUUGAUCGAGUCAUCGAGGCAUUUAUAGAUGCAGGAAGCAUUUUAUCUUCAGUUUUAUACUUGAGAUCGUCAAUUGUUGUCAAUAUUAGUGCUUAUGACUUUUGUGCGGACGACCCACUUUGCAAUGGAGAUUACGCAUAUGACCCAGGAUACGCACAACCAACGUUAUUGUAUCUAUUAAAAGAUGAUGAUGGUGUAGAAAGGCUUUAUCCCCAAUCAUUGGUCAAACAAUUUAAUUUUUCGUCUGAUCCUGAAUAUAAUUAUCCGGAUAUCUAUGGCGAAUUCAAUCUUGGUCUUAAUUAUUGGUUCAAAGAUGAUCCGCCAAUUAAAUAUAAUCAAUAUGAUUUUCUGGGCUUGAUUCUCCAUGAAUUGUGUCAUGGAUUGGGUUUUCAAACAUCAUGGAGCACAUGGUCACCUGAUGAGUCGGCACAAUAUAUCACACCUAUGUUAAUGACAGAAGAGGACUACGAAUAUUUAUGGGAAGAUCGUUAUGACCCUAAUAAACGUGUUUCUUGGAUGGGAUUUAGAGAAAAUAUAUUUGAUAAAUAUUUGGUAUUUACUAAUACAGGAAAUUAUGUUUCGAACAAGACGGCAUUAUUAAAUGAAUUUUUUAGUAAUGAUAUUAAAGGAAGUUAUUAUGAUUUUCAACAAAAGUUUAUGUCAUCGCCACAGUAUGCUAUAGCCAAAGAUAUGAUGAAUAUAUCAACACAACCACAAACUCUUGGGUUAGUUAAUUGGAACUUAACUUCUCACCAUACACAAGGAGCAUUUAAUAUAAGUGACUUGUUUGUGGUCGAUACUACAUCAAGUGUAUUCGAUCCGUAUAAUAGUAUAAAUCAUGUGGACUUUACGAUAUAUACUAAUACUAGUGACUUUUUGAUGAGAAAUCAAUUAUUUCCAGGAGAGACGUUAAGCGGCGAUAUUAUGCUUGGAGGAAAAUUCCACAAUGGGCAACUUGUUGGUGCUAUUGGACCAAAGCUAAAGAGGUUUUUUGAAACAAUGGGAUAUGGAACAUAUAGCAGACCAAACCAUUCAUAUAUGCCAAAACUAGAAUUAGCACCUAUUAAUAUUAAUUCGGGAACGGCGGCUGUCGAAAUUCAAAUUCAUUUGCUCGUCCAAAUUCGUCGAAAUUCAGCAAUUGCCGCGGAUAAUACUGAAAUUUGA